UGAAUUUUUUUUCUUUCUAAAUUGAAUGUUGAAUAGCAAGAUGAAGAUGAAGAUGAUGAGUAGCUUUUUCUCUCUCUCUUCUCUCACUUCUCCCUCCAUUUUUCACCCUUAAACUUUUCUCUAUUCCAAUGAGUUUAGUCUUUGUUAGUCCGUUCAUCGGUUCGUUUUAUAAGUCAAGUUACUGACCCUGGACUAGUCCGUUGGUAACUUUCCUUUAAUAUGUUGUAAGGUGAGAAAAGGCAAGGUUAUCCAACAAUCAUCCUCCUCUUCAUCUUCAUUUUUGGACUCUUCUUUGAAUCUUGUACUGUGAAAGAUUUACCAUUUAUCAAUAUAACAUUUCUUGUUUAUAAACUAGAAAACGUUUCUUUCCCUUCUAGCCUCUUUGCCGUGUGUGUUUUUUCAUUUAUGUAUAUAAAUUAUCACCUCAUUUUAUCCAGCUUUUACUGUCAACACAAUCAUCAUCUAAUUAUCAUCUUAUAAUUAACUUGCUCCAAGUAAUAUUAUUAAUUAAUUGUGUUAUGUUUAAUGUUACAUGGUUUUGGUGGAAAGCAAAGGAUUUGACAAGAAACGUAAUGCUAUACGCUUUGUGUUACCCAUGUGAUCACAUCAUGUGAACUUGUACAGCUACAUUAACUGUAAUCGUUUGGCUUUUUUUUCUCGAUAACCAUUUUUAAUCUAAAUUCAGCUAGACUAUUGUUAACAUGUUGAUUGUAAUUAAUUGUUUAUUGUCAAUUACAAUUAUGAGUUGAAUGUGCCAGCUUUUGUCCGUUUAAAGUGUUUUUGGUUACAAUUGGAGUUGUAAAUUUGUAAAUUUGCGUUUUUAUUUCUUCCUAAACAAGGCUAAUGGGUCUCUUUGAUUUGCAACUUUAUCCAUGUGUGAAUGGCCAGUGUCUACAGUAUCGCAAUAAAUUGGAUUUAACUAGUUAUUUAACCACAAUUGGUACUACAUCUACACCGAUAUCUGAUGCAACAACAAGUGCACAGUCAGUGAAUUCAAAAAUGAUUGAUUGGCAGGGCAAAGGUCUAAUGCCAGUCAACUCUCUGACCAAUUCAUCUUUUGACACUAAUGGUACUCUUUACUCAAGCAUAAUCAAUGGAUCAUCGCCUGUAACACUGGUUACAACAACAAAAUCUUCAUCAUGGAUACCAAUACAAGCCUUAGGUUUAAAUUUAAGAUCUGAAUCAUGGGUCAUACCUUUGUUAACUUUGUCCUCCAUCAACAUACUUUUUAUCCUGUUGCUUGAAAGCUUAGUGAUCUUUCGUGUCCACCGUAAAACAUCUAAACCACCUCAACUAUUCCUUGGGCAGACUCUUCUUCUAGCCCUUCUUUUAACCUCUCUACACGGAUUUGCAACCCUUCUCUCCCCCAACCAUUUAACUUGUACCCUUAACCAGGCUGGCCUGGGUCUUGGUUAUUCCCUCAUUUUUGGUACUCUUUUAGUGAAAAGUAUAUUCCUGUUGAGCCUUCACUCGGGAACUUAUCUUCCUCUUCUCUAUCAAUUUUUACUCCUCUUCUUUAUCAUGUCCACUCAAAUAAUACUCAGUAUUCAAGGAAUCUUUACUUCCCCUGCUUUCUGGGAUCACUUUAACUUUUGGCCAACCUUUUCGUCACCCUCUUCAUCUUCAUCAUUACUAUCUACUAGUUCAACAUCAUUACCAUCAAAUAAUGUAACAUCGUCCACCGAUCCAUCAUCAUCAUUAUACCAUUAUUCAACUAAACAGCCAACCCUUUGCUCUGACCUGUCAACUAAUGACACUUAUUACUACAGCCUGGGAUACAAUAUUUUACUUCUCACCAUUGUUUCAAUAAUAUCAUUUCGUAUCCGUCGUCAUCGGGAAAAUUAUCGUGAAGCACUUUUCAUUGCCAUCUCAGGUUUUGCAUCAAUCCUUAUCUGGAUAACUUGGAUAACUGGUUCUUUGGUUUCCCAUGAUUCGGGUCAUGAUGCUUUCACUGGAUUUGGUUUACAAGUAAACUCAUUGAUUAUUUUCCUUGUAAUGUUUACACCCAAAGCCAAACAAUUGAUUAAACUAUCUUGGGUUAAAGGUGAUGCCUCGGGAGGAACCGGUGUUGACCUGGACGAUGAUGAAGAUGAUGGUAUUGUCAAUGAAUACUGUGAUGAUGAAGAUGAUGGAUGUGAUACAAUGAGACGAGAGCUAAGAGAUGCAGUUGGAGGAAGACGUUUUGGUGGUCGAGAAGGAGGACGUCGAAGGCAACGACAAAGACCUUCACUGGGCAACAGGAUAGGAACCAUCAAUCGAAAUGGCUGUUCCGUUGAAUAUUCUGGACACGAUUCAAAUCAAUCUCUUUGUGCCCAAUCGUUUGUCCAUCUAAACCCAAAUUACCUUUCACAUGCACAUUUACUUUCUCGUCCAUUUUAUCAUCCUCUUCACCAUCCAAACCAUCAGUAUCCUCUUCAUCAACCUAACCGUAAACAAAACCAGGCAAAAGCCAAACAAUCCCACCAAAUUUAUUCAUCAAGUAAUAAUCUUGUUCACUCUCAUGGUCAUUUUUAUUCACAGCCACCACCACCACAACAGCCAUCACAACCCAUGGAUAGCAUAAGAUCAUCCCAAGAGAAUUGGAAUCACCAAAAGAAUCUACUUAAUGGAAGUAAAUCAUCAACUAAUCAUCGAUCAGAUAGAUUCAUUUAUACCAAUACUUUAUUGAAAUCAUUGACUGAUGAAAGUUUUUCCUUCUACCGGAUACCCAAUAUACCGCCAAUAAAGCCAAUCUAUUUGAACAGCAAUAGAUGAAAAAUUCGAAAAUUGUUCAACUAUCCAAGCCUUUGGUAAACAAUCAUGACCACUGUGAAUCCAUUUCAACCUAUUCAUUGCCUCAACCGUCUUCAUUUUAUACAAUCUUCAAAAAUUUAACCAUUUAAUGGAGCAAACCAUUUCGCUUGAAAGACAAGAUAAUUUAUUGAUCACUUUUUUUCACUGGACACAUUUUGUUUCCCAUUAAAUAUGAUAAUUAGACUAAUAAAAUCACGAAGGAUUCCCAAUCAUGAUUAAAUGUGAAAAAGAUGUCAAUGAAACUGUGGUUGCUGUGUCAAUCAAGUCAACUGUUAUUAACCAUUUUGUACUCAAUAAUGAUUACCAUUUUGUUCCCUUCCUACUAUCAACCAAAUUUAAUAUGAAAAUUUGUAAUUUGAUUUGUUUAAAGUUAAACUUAAACUGUCAAGAUUAACAUAUUAAUGAUGAUUUUAUUAAAAAAAGUGUACAAUAAAUAUGCAAACAUGUUGACUGAGAAA